AUGAUUCGACAGUCGCUUGUUGAUGAGCGCGUAUCAGCUCUUCACCGUCAUACACUUCAGUCACCUGGCGAUAGUGAUGGUGAUAUGUCGAAACCAACUUCGCGUCGUCUACCUGCUCCUGUUGCAACACGUAUUAUCAUUCGAAAGAAUUCAUCAUUAUUAUCAAAAGGUGAUGAAGCAAGAAUAACUACACCGUCAACAACACCGUCACCAACACCUAUUGUUGAUCCACGUUCACGUGUUGAAUUACUUGAACGAAAUCUUCGUUAUGUUCAACAACAACAUGAAAUGACUCUAAAUGAUUUACAUAGUGAGAUAAGUCGACUUCAAGAAGAAAAUCGAGAUCUCCAUUUUCGUAUGGUUGAUAUUCGUCCGUCAUCUUCAUCUGGAAAUAAACAACGUAAAACUGAAAUAGUACCAAAUUUUCAACAAUUAGCUGUUCUUACACAAAAUGAACCAAUUCUUGAAAAGCGUCUACAAGAAGUGCAACGUCUUCAUUUUGAACAACAAAUUAAUGAACUUCAAACACGAUUAAUUGAAACUGAACAAAAAAAUGAAUAUUUAAUGCGUACUAUUGAUGAAUUAAAUAAAACAUCAUCUGUUCAAACAUCACAGGCAUCAUCUUCAUCUGUUGUACCAGUUCUAUUACCAGAUCCGAAUAUAUCAUCUGAUGUCAAUAUAACAACUUCUGCUGAUAAUAAUAAUGAUAAUAAAUUCAACAAAUCAGAAAAGUCACAAACGAAUGAUGCUGAUUAUCAACAUCUACUUCAAGUUUCACAUGAAAGACAACGACAACAAGCACUUGAAAUCGCAAGAUUACGAGCUGUAUUACGUGAAAUACUUCAUGCUGAACGAUUAAGUUCAACAUCGAAAAUACUUGUUCGUGAUUGUUUAGCAUCAACAAGUAUAAGUGAAAAUUCAAUCUCAACAACACCAAUCGACACAUUAUAUAAUAUUGGAAAUCAACAGCAACAACAACAACGAUCUAUUGCUUCAUCAUCAACUGUUGGAAAAAGUUUAUCACUUCGACAUGAAUUGCCUCUACGUCGUCUUAAUCUUUCGCCGCCUCAGUUCAUCGUACCGAGAUCAAGCGGUCAAAAUCGUCUACCAGAACAACGUUUGAUUUUACCACCAAUACAAGGUAGUAGUUUAUCAUUAUCACAAGACCCAAGUGGUGCGAAUGGUAUAUUACAUAGUUCAUUGAGUCAAACAAAUGCUGGAUCACAGCAACAAUUAUUGAAAUUUGGUGAAACACCAAUAGCAAGACGAGAACGACGUACUCAGGAACUACAAAGAACAAGAUUAACAAGAAACCUUUAUCAUUGA